UAGAGAGGGACAGCAGAGCGGACAUUAGUUGUUGUUGUUGUCACUUGUGCUGUAUCCUUUCUCUGGCAGUCUGGUCAGCGGACCAGCGGAGUGUUUUCUCGGUGUAGUUCACAGUCUUGUUCUCCGGCGGAUGAAUGGCAAUGGCGGCAGUGAGAGCGGCGGCAGCGGGGGGCCCGGCGUCUUUGUCCCGGUUCAGGGGUGCGCUGGUGGCGGCUGUGCUGGGAGACUGUGUCGGCGGAGAGUUUGAGGGAGCGGAGGAGGUUCCCAUGGAGAGUGUGCUGCAGCAUCUUAGCAGCCUGGACGAUGAGACGAAGGGAAACGGUAUCCUCGAGUACAGUGAUGACACUGCAAUGGCACGUUGUGUGAUCCAGUCUUUACUCGCCCGGGCCGGCUUUGAUGAGCAGGACAUGGCUCGCAGGUUCGCUAAGGAGUACAGCACAUCUCCAGGUCGUGGUUAUGGCUCUGGGGUGAUCCAGGUUUUGAAGAAGCUGUCCUCCCCUCAGCUCAAUGACGUAUACCAGCCGGCCAGGGACCAGUUUAAUGGUCGAGGAUCUUUUGGGAACGGGGGGGCCAUGAGGGCGGCCCCCUUCGCUCUGGCUUUCCCUUCUCUGGCUGAUGUUAAAAGAUUUGCCCGUCUUGGCGCCAUGCUGACACACUCCUGCUCUCUGGGCUACAACGGGGCGGUGCUGCAAGCAUUAGCUGUCCACCUGUCCCUGCAGGGGGCGCUAGACCUGCCUCAGCAGUUCAUCAGCAGGCUAAUCACAGAGAUGGAGGAAGUUGAGGAUGACAAGGCAUCACAAAAUGAUGCUAGGAUCCUGAAGGAAGCAGAGAAGCCGUUUUGUGAGCGCCUUCACAGAAUCAGAGACCUGAUGAGCAGGAGCAAGGUCAGCAUAGAGGAAGUCAUCUCUGAACUGGGUAACGGCAUUGCAGCACUCCAUUCAGUCCCUACUGCAAUCUUCUGCGUCCUCCACUGCCUGCAGCCCCGGGAAAGCCUCCCAGAGAACUACUGUGGCGUGGAGAGGACAAUAGCGUACAGCCUGGCUCUGGGAGGGGACACAGACACCAUAGCCUGCAUGGCGGGGGCCAUCGCCGGGGCCCACUACGGCAUCGAGACCAUUCCUCAGCCCUGGAUAAAGUGCUGCGAGGGGGCGGAGGACGCAGACAUGGACGCAGAGCGACUUCACAUGCUGUAUCACAAGUCAUCACAGGUGGACGGGAGCGAGGCAGGGGGACGGAGCCGUGAAGACGCAUCUGAAAAGCAGUCAAAAACUUCUAACGGCACAGAGAAGAAGAAAGGAUCAGAGUGAUGAGUCAUAUGAAUUUUGACAAAAGGACACACACAUACAAAUUAAACACUUACACUUUUUGGACUGAACUGUGUUGGUUAACUGAGAACCUGUGAUUAAGGGCAAACUACUCCAUCACUUACUUAUUUUACUCAGAAAACAGCUUUUUUUUUUUUCCUUUUCCUAAUUGGAUCAGCAGGUAUUGAACAAAAAUACUGAGAGGCUAUUUUUUCAUGAAAUGAAAAAUAUAAAAGUGUCAGAUUAUUUAAAAAAAUGUGGUCUGCAUGUGCAUACACAUUACAUUAUACACACACACACACACACACACACACACACACACACACACACACACACACACACACACACACACACACACACACACACACACACACACACACACACACACACACACACACACACACACCUCUCCCAUACCUGCUCUACCCUGUUUUGUGAUGAACAAUCCUUUGUCAAGUGAAAGUUGCACAGUGAAUUGGCCAUGUCUUGUUUAUCCUUCCAGUGUAUAACAAUUAUUUAAUAAAGUUUUUUUUUA